UUUAUCCGAAUACGUUAAUAAUUAUUCCGGAAAUAUAUUAUCUAUUGGUGACGUUUCACCCAAGUACGUAUAAUCUCGCGAGAAUACCGCUUGUUUUCAUCUGCCCGUGUAGCACAUUCGAAGAAAACUCUGUGGGAGCUAUACCAUUGUAUUACCAGCCUGACAAGAUAUAUGGCGAAAUUAUUAUUGAUACAUGGUUUUCUGUUCUUUCACAUUGGUGCUUUUCUAUGUCUUGAAUUCAAACCAGAUGGAGACACAGUUAAAGGGGCAACAGUGAGUCUCGUGUGCACCAUUGACCCAUUAAGCUUCACUUCUGCUAUCUCCCUGACCUUGGAUGGCAGUUCCAAAACAUCAUGUGACAAUGCAAAUUCAUGCAAUCCAUCAAACAGUGAUGCUGGUAGAUAUGUAUAUUCAUCAAACUCCUCAGCAGUAACAGUGACAAUCACUUCUUUAAGCCAUACAAGUGACACUGGAACUUGGACGUGCUCAAUAGCAUCAUCAUCACCCAAAGAAUAUGCUCUUGUUGUUCAAACUGAGCCAACAGUAACAACCUUCAUAAAUGGAUCAAGCACAGCACCAGUCCUAGGAACAAAAUAUAAAAUAGUAAACCUAUCAGGGAGAAGUUACUGUGUUUUCCCAUCAACCUCCUCAGCAAAUCUUCAAUACAGCGUUGGGAUAUCUGGAUCAAUGCAGACAUUAACUACAAUUUCAGUAGUUGGAAUACCAGGCACUGGUGUCAGUUGUGACUCGCAUGAGUUUGAUUUACAAGCAAAUGCAACAGUGGACAUAGACUCACCAACCUAUGCAGAAUUGUCUGGAAAAUCAAAUGUUUACUUCCAGAUCACAUUCACAAGCUUAUCAUCAUAUUCAACAGAUAUUAGAUUCGGACCAUUUGAUUUUGAAGGUAAUAAUUACAUAUGUGCUUUGUAAAGAAGUAGGUACAGUUUCUACAGUCAUCUGGCCCAAAAUAUUGAUGAUUUCACUUGGAGCUCAAAUCCUGGCAUUCAAUUAAGGAAUAGUUUAGCAAACCCAAAAUUCACUCAGUUUGAUCAGCAAAAUGAUUUGUGUCAUAUGACGAGAGCUUGAAGUUGGCAUAAAAUUGCAAAAAUGCCAUUUUCAAUGGAAAUAUCCACAAAUUCAGGUGGUUUUCCUUUUAGAAAACAUACAGCGCAUGCGUCGAGCAAAUUCAUAUUGAAGCAUGUUUUUCAUCUCAAAAUAAUACACAAUAUAUAUCAUUUUCAUUUUGCUCGACAAAUGCGCACAUCUUUUCCUGAGCAAUAACUUGUAUGACAUUUGACAGUUUUCAGGCUUAUUUUGAGAAAAAGGCGGGAAAUGUCUUAUUCAUGAUGUCAUAAUGCUAUCCAUUUAGGACUAUCAUUCUGAUUUUGUUGACAUAGUAUACCUGGCAUUUAUUUUACUUUCUUAAAACACUGGUUAAGG